UCACUUAUUCUUCAACUCUUUGAAAAACAUAUCGAAUAUAGGCCAAAUAUCCUAACUUAUAUUGAUAAGAAUUUUGUAAGCAAUCAACCUUUAAAGGAGCAGUUUAAUGGCCUUUUGCGAAUAGCAUAUGAAAAACAAGAAUCACUUUUAGAAUUCACACGAUAUAUUCCAGAAAAAGGUUUAUUUAGUUUGCGAGAAAAUGUCAAGGCAAUGAAUAUGGAUUUAAAAAAUAAUGUAAAAAAAGAUGAAACUCCCAAAAUAAAAGCUAUAACAUUUAAGAAAGAAAUGCUACCAGAAGAUCUUCAUUUGGCGCUUG